AAUAGCGUACAUUCAAACACAGGCUCACUCAUUCACUGUCUCUCUGUGUUGCCCUUUCUCUCUCGCUCUCUGUUCAACAGAAACUCACACAGAGGCACUGAACAAACACCACUUCCUCCUCCAACCAUAAAGGACAUAGCAGAGUCUUCUGGGACUGUUGUCCACAAUAUGGAUAAGAAGACUGAUGUAAAGGCCAUGAUGGCCCGUUUCCAAGCGGCAAAUACUGAUGAGACUUCCUCUUCUACACCGGCUGGACGAACUAAACAACCCCUACAGCCCACCCUCUCAUCUGGCAUGACUAUACAGACCAAGAAACCUGUUCUGGAGAGCCUCUCGGGCAGUGCAAUAAAUCAUCCUCCAAAGCCAUCUUUUCUGAAAAAUACAGUAGCCACAAAAAGCACAACUGCAGUACAUGAGCCAAACAAAACUAUGGCCCUAGCUGGCAGGUUUGCCAACAUACAGGAUGAAAACAACACCAACAGCAAACCUUUAAUGGGUAAUAAACAGCAUAUACCCAUGAAGCCACCUCCUUUGCAACCUCCUGAAGAUAAAGACCAAGUAGAGAAGCCUCCUCUCAUCAAACCCUCCAUAAGCUCAACCCUGUCCAACACCAAACCUGCCUUUCCCAAACCAUCUCCCACAGCCAAGCCCAGCUGGAUAAAAGAAGACAGUGGUGGGGGUGUGCCAUCUACUACCAGCUUCCCACCAAAAAUACCCCCAUCACAACAAAAACCAAGCAGCAGCUUGAUAAAAUUAUGGCAGCAAAAUGAAGAACAGACAGGCACUACCACGGACGCCGCGAAUAAACCUUCACCUCCAACAUUUAAAGUGCCAGGCAAUUUCAAGACUCCUCAGGAUAUAUUAAACAAGGAGGACAAGAAUGACCAGCCAGAUAGUGAUGGAGUCAAAAACACAUCCUCAAAACCUCCUCCCAAACCUCCAGCCAGUAAAAAACCAAGCAUGAAAAGGCCAUCAAGGGAGUCUCAGCCCAACAGCUCUAACAGUGAAUUCACAUUAGGACCCAAGCGGAAUCCCUUACCUAACAGUUUAGCUCUGGGUACUGCCCCUGCUAAACCUAACCGCCCACCCAGAGUCAACCUGGAAAACUUUAAAAAAGGUGCUGAGGCAUCUGACAACGGUCCUGGCACCUUUAAGAAUACCAUCAUUCCAACUCUCCCACACUCCUCUCAUCCCAGUAACCAUAACAACUAUGUGACUCCUCCUCCACCUCCACCUCCACAGGCUGCCCUCCCCAGUCUUCCCCCACGACAUCCUGGCUCAAUGAUCCAACAAGAAGAUUUCUAUGACGAUCUUGAUGAGCUGAACAGCUCCGCUCCUCCACCUCUACCACCACCCACAGGUCACCCGAGUCAGAGGGCAAAGGAGGACAAUUCGGAUGACGAUGGAGAAAUGGAAGAGAAGAAGAAGGCAAAGAAAAGACUGGAGGCUGAGAAGAAGGAGCAGAAGGAACGUGAGAAGAAGGAACAGGAAAUCAGGAAGAAAUUUAAAUUGGUUGGCCCCAUAGAAGUCAUCCAUCAGGGGACAGCUUAUGAGGACUGCAAAGGGAGCAAAACUGACCUUGGUCUGAAGCAGGGAGACUCCCUGGACAUCAUCCGCGUACAAGGCAACCCAGAGGGAAAAUGGUUGGGACGGAUGCAGGAUGGAUCCAUUGGUUAUGUGAAAACCACUUCAGUGAAAAUCGAUUUUAAUUCCCUGAAGAACCAUCAAGCUCAGCAAGAGUAUGACCCUGAGGUCUACGAUGACAUCGAAACCGUCUCUUCUGAAAACAGUGGCACUAAAGGACCAGGAGUUGUUCUGCCCCCUCUACCAGGAGAUGGAGAAGAAAUAUAUGAUGAUGUUGUUAAUCCAAACCUGGACGUCAGUCCCCUGGACAACAGGUUUUCUUCCACGAAGACCCGCAGCUUCCUGCGGAUGUUUGAGAGGAGCAAUCGUCCUGUCACCACUAAAGAUGUGCCUCCACCCAGCCAGUUUACCGCACAGGGAAAUUCAGAUCAGGCAGGAGGUGAGGAGAUAUACGAUGAUGUUGAUUCACCGAAUAUGCCUCCACCUUUGCCCAGCUUUCCAAUCUUAAAAGGCAAAAGCAAGAUUGAAGAGGUGGACCAGAAGAAGCAGAAAAAGUUGGAGAAAGAGGAGAAAGACUUCAGGAAGAAAUUUAAAUAUGAUGGUGAGAUACAGGUGUUGCAUCAGGUGACCAUCGUCCACUCACUUACAAAUAAGAAGUGGAGUGGGAAAGAGCUGCCACUCAAAGCGGGGGAGACACUGGAUGUCAUUGUCAAAGCUGUAGACAACAAAUUGGUCUGUCGCAAUGAGGAGGGCAAGUUUGGUUAUGUUUCCACCUGCUACAUUGUUUCGGAUGACGGUGAUAUCUAUGAUGACAUCGGAGAUGAUUGCAUCUAUGACAACGACUGAGAAACACCCUCUACUGGUUUCCCUGUGUCAUACUGAUAUUGCUGAUGUUAUUUAUUAUGUUUAUUGAUUAUACGGUAUACACUAGUAUUUGCAAUUCAGAGAUCUUGAAACACAAUGGCUUUAAAAUCUUUAAAAAUGUGAUCCUUAUUAAAAGAAAAACAAAAGGCUUAAUGCUGUUAUGUUACUUGCAUGUUACCUUUUAAGUUACUUAGUUUUUUCCCUCUUGCUCUAUGGUACUGCAUUUUAGUAAAAGAAUCGCAGCAUUUCUAAAGGACAGUUGUAAACAUUAAAUAUAACGGAAUUAAAGUUUUGUAUUGUCCAUGAAAUUA